AUGUUCGUCUGCGACGGUCAUCCCGCAACUUCCCCACCGCAGAUACUAAAGUCACCAUCACCAAUGCUCCCCUACUCAUACUCGUAUUCACCGCAGUCGCAGACGACGCGCGAGCGCCGUCAGUGGACCCAGGAAGAGGAUGCCCUACUGCGCCAGGCCGUCGAUCGCGAGGAACCAGGUAAUCCAACGCCGUCCAAAUGGCACGCGAUCGCGCAACAUGUCCCGCAGCGCACCAACAAAGACUGUCGCAAGCGGUGGUACGCAAAAAUGAACUCAGACGUUGUCAAGGGCGGGUGGGCUCCGGACGAGGACGCGCGUUUACUGCAGGCGAUUAACGUCUACGGUACCCGUUGGUCACUGGUGGCCUCUAUGGUGCAAACAAGGAAUAGCGACCAAUGCGCUAAACGAUGGUGCGACACGCUGAAUCCCGCCAUUGACCGCACGGCGUGGACAUCGAGUCAGGAUGACCUGCUGAUCCAGGCCGUCGCCGAGUACGGCAAGGUGUGGACAAAAAUUGUGCAGAUGUACUUCCCAGGGCGCACGGGCCUUGCUGCGAAAAAUCGAUAUAACAGCGUAACCCGCUCUGAGGGCUCGUCCUCCUCCCGCCGGCGCUCAUCACCCGAUUCUACGCCCAGUCCCUCGGCAGACUUAGAUGCUUCAGAUGCAGAGUUCGCUGAAGCCUUCAUGCAAGCCUCUGUUCAGGCGGGCUACACCCGGCCCGCGCCAUACCCGAUCUCCAGGCCACACUCCCGACUUGCUCACGGGGACUUCCACGCUGUCAGCGGGCGCAAUGCGGGCAUGGCGGGAUACGCGCCUAGCGAGGACUUGUUCGCGGCCCCCUCUGCCCACGGUCGCACGGCGGGAUACUUCUCGUCCACAUCUCCAUCUCCCUCUCUGGCCCCGGCGACGGCCUACCCAUCUCCGCCGACUCCACUCCCGCCACACCAGUAUGGCUACAACAACGCCAGUUACGAUACGCCACCGGGAGCGUUCCAUCUCUCGAAUGACCAUCGGGCACAGGCUCGGGCGCCAGCAUCACCAUGGGGCCCUUAUUGA